UAUACAUAAUAUAUACACAUAUACAACUCUCUGUUUCUCUACAUUACACUUUGUAUUUGUGUGUUUUCUCUUUUAUAUUGCUUAAUUCCUCAUUUUUUUUACCACCAGUUUUUCCUUUUUCAGACAUUAGCAUGCUUGCCGUGCCCUUAUUUAACGCAGCGUGUUUGCAGAAGUGAACUGCGUCGUGAUUUGUUGUGCUGUGGCAUCCUCUGUUUAAAUCUCGUGCGGCCACGCGUCUGCGAUGCGCGUUUGACAUAAAGCUGCCUCUGCCGCCUCGUCUACUGUACUCAGAUGUCAGAAAAGUGGGCGGGCCCGUCGAAGCGUGCCAGGACGGAGAGCAGUCACCGGUUAUUUGCGCCUCAUGACUCCACUCAGAAACUAUGCCCAAUGACAAAUCACACACACAUUGGCGAGGUUUGGGCAGCGCAGAAAAACUCGCACAUUCGCUCGGUUCAAGAGAUAUCCAAAAAUGGCAAAGCUAAUAAAUGCUUGUGUGAAAAUUAAGUCCAGAUUUGUGCAACAGCGCCUCUGGCAUGCAGACACGCAGCUGUCAGCCAUGUGUUUAGACGAGCUCACUCAUGGCAUGCCUAUACAAAGACCGUCCCUCUGCCGUUUCCAAUUAAAGCUCUUGAUGAUUGUAUGUACGGCGGUUUUGUUUAUUUGCAGAAUUUCUUUUUUUUUUCUUUUCUUCAGAAACGUGGGGCCCCUUUUAAAUACCAGCUCAAACACGUCGCUUUAACCACACUGCAGCUGCGUGUAAUGAGCAGAAACGUCCCUCAGCAGCCUCUCGCUGCAAGCUAAUAUUUUACAUCAUUCUACCUCGCCGGCCCUCCAAACAGGUUGUCAUCCGUUGCAAAUUUACUUGGAGGGAGACGGCGUUUCAUCAUGGAAAACUUGGCAUUUCCGUCUCGCUUUUUAAAAAAACAAAACAAAUUAUUAAUCUGCUCUGCCGUUCCAGAGUUAAACAUCGUCUCCCUCCGCUGACCUUUACGGGUUGCCUCGUCCUGAUUUGUGACUUCAUGGAAAAGCACAACCGCGUGUAGUAACCUUAUAAUAACCACCACCACCACCACCUCCCCACCUCGGAUCCACUUUAUAUCAACGCACUUCCAGGCCUAAAUGUCUUAAAAAGGAGAAACAAGCCAUCUCUUUUUCUGUCUCUCUCCCUCACACACACACAUAUUGGCGCACUUCGCUUAUAUUUGCGCAUGGUAUUUUGGGAUCUGGGGUUCAAACUUGUCUUGAAUGUCAAAGGUCAGACAGACGGCAUGUGGGGGUUUUAGCACAGAUCCGGCAGACAUCCCUCCCUCUCUCUCCGCUGCUGGCUACAGCACCGGCAGGCUCUGAAAAUAGGCGACUGCCAGUGUGCCAACAUACAGCGGCCUGCAGGAGGGGAGGAGGGGAGGAGGGGGUCACUAAAGUCUAGAUGGAAAAACACAGACAGAGCGAGAGAGGGGGUGACGGGAUGAUAAGUGGUCUGUUUGGACUUUGUAUGUUUACUUUGUGGGUCACUCUCUGCAGCGAUAUUCAGAAUUUCUGUCUUUUAUCUCCUCUUUCUGCCUGUUUGGGUAUUGAAUUGGUGGGUUUGGACAUCCAAGAUGAGAUGGGCCGCCAUGAAGUCGGUCACAUAGACAACUCCAUGAAGAUUCCUCUCAACCAGGGGGAUGGUUGUCGCUUUGAGGGAGAGUUCACCAUCAACAAAGUACCGGGAAACUUCCAUGUGUCGACACACAGCGCUACAGCGCAGCCCCAAAACCCCGACAUGACCCACACCAUCCACAAGCUGGCCUUUGGGGAAAAGCUUCAGGUACAAAAGGUCCAAGGAGCCUUCAAUGCUUUAGGAGGAGCUGACAAGCUGUCAUCUAAUCCUCUGGCCUCACAUGACUACAUCCUGAAGAUUGUACCGACAGUGUAUGAAGACCUAUCGGGCAAACAGAGGUUCUCCUACCAGUACACAGUAGCCAACAAGGAAUACGUUGCGUACAGUCACACAGGCAGAAUUAUUCCAGCAAUCUGGUUCAGAUAUGACCUCAGUCCAAUCACAGUCAAGUACACGGAGAGGAGGCAGCCGUUCUACCGCUUCAUCACGACAAUUUGUGCCAUCGUCGGAGGGACGUUCACAGUCGCAGGAAUCAUCGACUCCUGUAUAUUUACUGCUUCAGAGGCCUGGAAGAAGAUCCAGAUCGGAAAAAUGUCAUGAGGACUGCUUCCCGCCCCCUCCUCACAUUUUUAUUUAUAAGUGCGAAGUUGCUAGCCUGUUAGCUAAAUCCUGCUCGGAGCAACUUUCCCUGUGGAGAUUGUAUCCCCGUGACCAACCAGGAGUCUCCGGGGCUCGAUAUAACUACCAGGCUACACGGCUGCGUCUCCGUUACUGAAGAUCCUCUCGGGCUCCGAUCUGCUCUGAUGACGCGUGAACGCCGACUAUCACAUGUCCGCUUCCUGCGUCUUCAGUGUCAGGAGAGGAGAGGAAAUCUCUUUUGUUACUGUGGAGGUGAAUUCUAAAGAGCUGUGGGUCAGGAUUCAGCCAGGUUGAUGUUUUCGAUGGCCGCAGCUGGUAUUUUUUAAAAAAUGAAGUAAGGAAAAAAAAAAAGAUAUUUGUGCUGUUAUGAAAGUUUUUAACAUUUGCACCAUGUGUCCACACAGAAUUUCCACAUUGUAGGAAUAUUUUUAAUUCACGUAUGGAUUAUUUACAGACAAAAAUGUAUAAUUUCGCCUGUAAAUGAAUCCAAAUAAGUACGAUCGCCACCAUUAUGUCAGUCUAACUGUGUUUGUUUCCUCAAAACUGCAAAAGCCAAUGAUUAGUUCAGAAGGAAAGUGUUUGGGAUUUUAAAUCUUGCACAGACUGGGCUCAAAUCUGAAGUGUUACUGUUUCUCAUACUGUCUGUAAAAGUGUUUCGUACCAUGCAACAGUGUCUUUUCAGUGUGGCUUCCAUUUUUAUCUCCAGUACUCAAACUGUUUGCCUUCUUGUUUACUACUCCACCAUGCAGGAUUAUUACCAGCUCUCAUUUGUUUGUCGGGCUCUUUCAGUGGCUAAAACCAGUAUUUUCACUGUGUUUGUCAUGCAUGAUGGGAUUUACAGCAUCUGUGUAGAUUUUUUUUUAGCUUUUAGAGAAUUCUUUUAAACACAUCGAUCAUUGUCGUUUUCAGUCUAUGUAUACCAAAUAAUUCAGCAACACUGUUAAGCGUCUCUGACUUUUUCCAUUCCGUCUCCAUGAUUGUAAAAAAAAAAAAUGUGGUGGAGGUCUGUUAGUUUCUAGUUUGAUUUAUGUACAAGGUAUUUGUGUUUCCAUGAAGUUGUAAAUUGUAAUGAAGGUUCGGUUUUGUAAGGAGAGAACUUGUGGGUGAAGAUGUUUCUUUUUGCUCUUUUUAUACUGUUACCAUGACCUCUCUGAUCGAGGACAGUGAUAAUCACCAAACUCCCAGAACCUGUUUUUCUACUCUAAAGGCCAUCCAUUUCCUCUUCCGUCUCAAAUUACUCUGUAAUGCUAUGUGUUCCUCAAGUAAAGGUACUAUUGAGGUUACA